UGCAUUUCAGAGCGCGAGAGAGGGGCGGAGACGGAAUAUUUAGAUGAGCCGUGAUUGACAGCUCCUGUUUCUCCAAUGCUCUCAGAAACUCGCCUGCUCCUUCCAGCAACUCUUCACUCUCCACUCCCGAGCACUACAAACAAACGGACGCUAGGGGAUCUUCAUGACGGCUCUCUGCUGAUCGCUCGCUCCUCUUCUGCGCUUUUAUUUGUUUUCUUUUAUUAGUUUAUCCCUGCGCGCGCUGGUUAAAUGCGCUGAUUGCAUCGAUCAGCCCGGUCUCUGCCCUCCCGCGUUCCUGUUCUGGAGAAGCUGUAAUAAUGUCCUAUCCUCAGGGUUACCUCUACCAGCCCCCGGGCUCCCUGGCGCUCUACUCCUGUCCGCUGGCCGCCCCGAGGAGCGAGGAGCUGGCCCGGUCCUCGUCCGGUUCAGCGUUCAGCCCGUACCCCGGAUCUGCGGCGUUCACAGCCUCGGCCAACGCUUUCUCCAGCCCUCUGCCCUACUCCACAGAUCCAGCCACGGGAUUCCCGUCCUACAUGGGCUCUCCGUAUGACGCGCACACCACGGGAAUGGCAGGAGCCAUCAGUUAUCACCCGUACGGGAGUCCCGGUUACCCGUACCAGCUAAACGACCCCGCGUACCGGAAAAACGCCACGCGGGACGCGACGGCGACGCUAAAAGCGUGGCUCCAGGAACACAGGAAGAACCCUUAUCCCACCAAAGGAGAGAAGAUCAUGCUGGCCAUCAUCACCAAGAUGACCCUCACGCAGGUGUCCACCUGGUUCGCCAACGCCAGAAGAAGACUCAAGAAGGAGAACAAGAUGACAUGGGCACCACGGACUAAAAGUGAGGAUGAGGACGAGGACGACGGCGACGGGGAGAGAAAAGACGAGCGCACGGAUAAAAACACGGACAACAGUGAAGCGUCUGCUGAGGACGAAGGCAUCGGUUUGCACCUGACAGAUCGCUCGUGCUCGGUGGAAUCGGACGGGGAGAAGGUCGCGUGCAGGACCGGGGACCGGGUUUGUGAUUCUGGACUCGAUAUCAAGGACAAGUGUGACUCUGGUGAUCUGGACACGGGCCGCGAGGACAGGCAGAGAGGCCCUUCACCCAAACCGGUGACCUCCUCCCCUCUGACCGCGGUGGAGGCCCCUCUCUUGGCCCAUCAUCACCGAGAGAACAGCACCAACAAAACAUGUCUGGACGGUCAAAACCAGACCGUCAAACCUAAGCUGUGGUCAUUAGCCGAGAUCGCCACUUCAGACCCAAAGCAGCAGCAGAACUGUCCCCCGGGCGUUGGCCUUCUGCCCUCCCCGGCGUCCAGCGCGUCUCCAGCGGGCGCAGUGUACCCCGCCACCUCUAUAUUAGGAAGACCGCUUUAUUACACCUCGCCGUUUUACAGUAAUUACACAAACUAUGGCAACUUCAGCCCGCUGCAGGGCCAAGGGAUACUGCGCUAUAACUCAGCUGCUGAGGGACUCCUGCACAAACAGACCAGUCCGAACCAGACCGAGCAGCACUUCAGGGCCUCCAGCGCAGACUCCAAAAAAGACCCCAGCGAGGUGUUCACAGCUAGAGCCCAGUCAUACCUGUCGAGUUAAAGACGAGGAGGAGCUUCAAGUAGGUGUCACAAUUGCUUUGAACAAAGCGAACAAGCCAUCACCUCUCUCUCUCUCUCUCUCUCUCUCUCUCUCUCUCUCUCUCUCUCUCUCUCUCUCUCUCUCUCUCUCUCUCUCUCCUGGCCAAGCUGUUUGAAACUAACAUUUGCUCGUACGCGGAUCCUUUUGUGUGCCACUGUACACCCACGGACUACAGAGCACCUGCCUAUAGAACAAUAACACGUAGCUUACAAUUAUGGAAAAGAACAGAACAGAGAUUGUUUAGGCACUAUAGCCAGUGUGGUUUGGGUGAACUGUUGAUUGAUUGAUUGAUUGAUGAAGUACUUUAUCCCAACACAUGUGACUAUUCGAUGAGGAGACUAUUUCUCAGGAUCCCUACAGUAGCUUCAUUGCCGCCAGUCGUGCACGAGCGUGGGACACAGUCCAGAGCUGUCAGACUCUCAGUGCUAGCAGUCGUGCACGCGCGUGGGCCACUCUCAGUGCUGGAGGUGUGGAGUGUAAACGAGAACUCGGGACUGGUAUAAACUUGACUAAGAGUGGAAUACAUUUGAUAUUUAUUUUUGUAAUGCCUAUAAUUUAUGCAAGUUGUAUUGCAAUGGUGACUGAGCAUUGUUUUGUAAAUAAAUCAAGAUUGCUUUUUAUUUAAAAUGCCGAAGUUACACGAUGUUGUUAACAAGGAGACUUUUACUAAUUUAUAUCUCUGAUUGUAAAUAAAAUGCGCUAGUCUGCACUGGCACCAUGUGGAUUGGCUUUCUUUCAACAUUUAAAGCUAGUCUCAUUUUCUCAUAUCCUCAAAUAGAUUAUUAUUGCUAUCAUAAUGUAUAUGUGUCAGCGUAAUAGACACAUUCACAUCCGCUACACAGAUCAUAAAACUGCGUCAAAUUAC